AUGGGAGUCCUUCAAUAUUGCCUUCUGGGCUCUGCACUGUACGCAGUUUUGAGCAAUGGACAACAAUGUGCGCCAGCGAUCCAAAUCGACAAGAAGCCUCAGGUCUUCAUCAUGUCCGAUAUCUCGAACGAACCGGACGACACAAUGUCCUUCAUCAGGCUCCUUGUGCAUGCAGACCAGUACAACAUUACCGGAAUGGUUGCAACAACAUCGACUUGGUUGAACAGCUCCGUCGUUCCCGAACAGAUCCUCAACACCACGCACGCGUAUGGCAAGGUCGUUGACAACCUCAAUCGACAUUCGGCAGGUUCGUUCCCGACGUCUGAGUACCUCUCCUCGAUUGUGAAGGCGGGACAUCCAGUCUACGGCACAGCAGCGAUUGGAAAGUCACCGCUUUCUUCCGGAGCGACUCGCCUCAUCGACGUGGUGGAUGGCUUAGGCGACGAAGAAAUCCUCUUCACGCAAGCCUGGGGCGGCGUCAACGUCCUCGCAGAGACAUUGGCGCAUAUUCGCGCGACCAGAGCACAAAUCGAAAUCGACCGAUUCGUGAAGAAACUCAGAGUGUACACCAUCAGCGACCAGGACAACGCAGGUCUUUGGAUCCGGGCAAACUUCCCGACAAUUCCGUAUGUCGUCUCUCUCCACGGAUUCAACCAGUAUCAGUUGGCCACUUGGUCGGGCAUCAGUGGCGAUACUUUCUACGGCGGUGAUGGUGGAGGACCCGACCCCUCGCUCGUCUCGCAGGAAUACGUCUCCAAGCACUUCCAAAUCGGCCCCCUCGGCUCCCACUACCCAGACAUCGCAUACAUCAUGGAAGGCGAUUCGCCCGCUCUGAUGCACACAAUGCAGAACGGCCUCAACGGCGGGCCCUUCGACUUCCCCGAAUGGGGCGGCUGGGGUGGUCGUUACAUCCUGCUCGACCCCUCGCGUCAGACAAUGGUGUACUCCGACACGACGGACACCGUCGUCGGCAAAGACAACAACACGUACAAGUCGAACCAUGCCACGAUCUGGCGGUGGCGACAGGCGUUCCAGGAUGAGAUGUCGGCGAGGAUUCAGUGGACGGUGCAGUCGAAUUACUCUGCUGGGAGCCAUCCUCCUGUCGUCUCCGUCAAUGGAUCCUGUGGUAGCGCUCCGUUCAUUGUUGAUGUGGACCCCGAGCAGGAGAUCGUCCUCGACGGCUCCGCGACGUACGAUCCAGACAGCAAUAUUACCGGUCGGAAUCCAUUGCAGUUCAAAUGGUAUCAAUACCGAGAUGUGUCGUCAGCUCAAUCGAGUGUCUCUUCCGUUCCUCAGCUCAACUUCACGCUGAGUGACGAUGGCCGGGUGGCCACCACGAAGUUGCCAUCCGCUGAGCUGGCAUGUGCGCCUGUUGAGGCUGCGCAGAAUGCAGGGCUGGGAGUCCAGGAGACAUGCCAGCAGUAUCAUGUCAUUCUCGAAGUCAUCGGGAGUGGCGAACCACCGAUUCGACAUUACAAGCGAACGAUUCUCAAGGUGCGGCCGCCAACUGGGGAAUCUGCGGGUGCAAAGAGUAAGAGAGAUGAGCUGUAA